AUGUUUGUUUGCUUCCGUCUGAAGUCUUUUUUUAUUACUGUGUUUUUCUAGUUUAAGUUUUUUACUAGAUUAAUUCUAUUUUUACAUGUAAUGAGUUGCUUGUUCAUAUUAUGUGAACAACGCAUUUUCAGAAAAUCUAAUGGACGAGGAUCUUUUAUCAACCAUCAAUUUCUCCAAUGAAUAACGAAUUAAAAGAAAAUAUUCACAGCAAUGAAGAGACAUCGUCUGAAAUGGGUUAUGUUUACCAACAGUCGGUUGGCAUUACCGUGAAAAUAGGUUCACCAAAAAAUCACUCUCUGCCCCUGACUGAUGGUUAUGCUCUUCCUUGGAUGACAGAUGAGCGAGCCUCUCUCAUUGUUGUGCUGAUUGUUGCUGCUAUUAUUACUAUCCUUCUCCUUCUGUUCAUUCUAAUUUGGAAGUGGAUCCUUUACAUUAAAAAUAAAAAUAAUGAAAACAGUAAUGUCGAAGCAGUCAAUGCAUCCAGAUUUGUAAUUCCAAACAUCCCAAGUCACUCUGUAUUCUUGGAUCCGAAGACGGGCCAAUUUGUUUAUGACAGUCGCGUCCAACCUCCUCCCACAGAGCCUGCAAAUCAAACGAGACAUUGGUACUACCAGAAUCAUCUUGUUGCCCCACAAAAUCCGGGAAAUCCGUCAAAUCCUGCUCCUCACUCUAUCAGCAUUCCUCCAAAUCAACUUUUGUGUCUGAAAGUAGCCGAAGAAGAACAAUCGAAAACAAUUGAGCCUGAAGAAACACCAUCCAGCUCUUUACCUCCACAGAUUUCUGAAUUCAACCCAAAGUGUGCCUCCAGCGCUACCAUUUUGGAGGACGAUCGAGGUUUGUGGAACAUACCUGAAGAUGCCUCAUCAACGUUGAAAACGAGGAGUUUGCCAGCUUGUGUUCGAUCAAAGCUAAAGCAAUCAGCAUCUGCAGAUAAUUCUAAUGAUUUAUAUUCCAAAGUCAAUUUCAGUAAAAAGCGUAAGAAUCGUAUGCGAAAUGAUGAAGCUGCUAUCAUAGCGAUCAGCAAGUCUCGAAGUCAGUACCUUCACAGAGAUACAGAUUCUCUCGUCGAUAAUGAAGCCAUUAUUGUCUACGAUGAAAGAACUGCCCUCUGAAUCAAAAGACUUUCUACAGCAUAUUUUUUGUACUCUCUUUUUUUUUCUUCUUAAACCUCUACUUUGUGUAAUGUGUAUUUUCGACUGUGCUUUUGUGUUUUUUGCUCUAAAGUACUGUGAUUUUUGAGUAAAAAUGAUCCAUUUUUUUACCAAUGCAUAUCCGUGUAUGCUCUUGUAUAUAGGUGAAUUCACUCGUGUGUUAAUAGUUGUUUAUUUUUGUAUUUGUUGUUUUAUAACAUGAUCAAUGUUGGUAAAACAUUUCCAUGCAGCAAUAUGAUCUGAAGUCCCUGUUUUGAUCAUUUAAUAAAAAAAAUAUGAACCAUAA